AUGGCCACCGAGACCGGCUCUGUCGCAGCGCAGCCUUGGGCGGAUGGGCCGCUCCAGCUCGUGCCCACGCCGCAGUAUGCGACCAAGAAGACGGACCUGUUCACUACGGGCGCCACGCACAUGUGUCUGCUGCAUAACGCCAUCCUGCGCGGCUACAACAGCAUCUUCCUGCAGGCAGCCCACAUCAAGGAAGAGGACAAGGCCGACUUUAUCGGCUACUGCCUGACAUGGUUCCGUUUUGUCAAGUCGCACCACGAUGACGAGGAGGAGGUACUCUUCCCCAAGGUGGCCGAUGUCCUGGGAGACAGCAGCGUGUGGACUCAGACGCACGAAGAGCAUGAAUCCUUCCUGGCUGGCCUCGGCGCCUUCCAUGAUUACCUUGCCGGGCUGCCAUUCCCGGCCGACUUCUCGGGCGAGAAGCUGCUGGCCAUUAUGGCCACGUUUGAGGUGCCGUUUGAGAACCACUUCCGUUCCGAGAUUGGCACCAUUGCCGCGCUGGCCGACCACCCCAAGGCGCCAGUGCCCGGCUCGCCCGAGGCCGAUGCUGCAUUCGCCAUGUUCAAGGCCUGGGGCAAAGCCACCGUCUCCAAGGCUGGCACUCUCGACGUGGUGCCUUUUUUCUUGCUCAACCUUGACCGCUCCACCGGCUUCGAGAACGGCACCUGGGCCAACUGGCCGCCCAUGCCGGCGCCCAUCCGCUGGGGCCUGAUCAACAUUGCCGGCUCCUGGUACGGCAAGUGGUGGCGGUUCGCAAGCUGCGAUGCUGCCGGCCAGCCGCAGGUGCUCUGGGCCCUGCGUGGCGAACCGGCAGCACCGGCUGCGAAGGAGGAUCUGUAG